AUGACGAAUGUAAAAUUGGAACGUUAUAAUCCUUUAUCAUCAAAUUUUAAAAUCAACACAUUCAUAGCGGGACUAAGUUGUCUUAUAUUUACAUUUAUAUAUGUUGGACUUUUAUAUAUUUCCAAGAAAACAAGGAUUGGUAAUAAAAACCCUGGGUUAACAAAAAACCAUCCUAUGGUCAUAAAACAACGUAUGAAAGUUACUUUUAUAACUUGUGUUAUUUCCUGUAUAUCCGUUUGGAUCAUUAUAAACAUUAGUAAUGGAUUUAAAAAUGACCGAGAAGAAGAAAUGAAUUUUUUUACAAAGACCAAAUCAACAUUUAUUAUAUUGGGUCUAUGGAUUCCUUUUAAUCCAUAUUAUUUAUUUAAUAUCCUAUUUACUCCCUUACUUUUGACAAUGAUAUUAUUUAUUGGUCCUUUAUAUGUCAAAUUUUUGGAUCAAGAAUUACCAUUUCAAGAAAAUUCUAAUUUUAUACAGGAAAUUAAAUAUACAUUUACAUCUUUGAUUGGGUUUAGGAAUUUGAUUUUUGCACCAUUUACAGAAGAAUUUGUAUUCAGAUCUUGUAUGAUUUCAUUACUCUAUUAUGCUAAAGUUAACUGUCAACCAAUAAUUUGGAUAUCACCUUUAGUUUUUGCAAUAGCUCAUAUACAUCAUGCUUGGGAGUAUUAUGUUAACAAUGGAAGAAAUUACAAUGCUGCAAAAAUAGGAAUUUUUAGUUCUAUAUUUCAAUUCGCAUAUACAACAAUAUUUGGAUGGUAUGCUGCUUUUAUAUUUAUGCGUACUGGAAAUUUCAUUCCUACAUUUUUUGUACACAGUUUUGCAAAUUCUCAAGGAUUUCCUGUUAUUUAUUUUUCAGAAUAUCCUAAAAAGCAACAAUUAUGUAAGUAA